AUGCAGUUUUCAUUGAGAAUAGUGUUUGUAUUUGUUUAUCUGUUUAUUGUUAUGCAACUUGUGAGUUUUUGUGAUAACGUUGCGCUGCCAAUGCGGAAUGACAACACAGCUUGUACAUACACGAAGGAUAUACCGCUGGGACAUUUUUGGAAGAGUACUGGCCUAUCGCCUCCAGAUUCGAAUAAUGCGUAUAAAUAUUUGCUUGAACCAGAUGAAAAAUUUAAUUUAAUAUUAAUUGGUGCUUUACCUCAUCAUGGAAUUCGUCAAGUUAGAAUACAUUGGUUGUUGAACUUGAUAACAUACGAAGAAAGUGAAAAAACGUAUAAUUUCACUAAUUUAGACAUUUUAUUGGAUUUAAUGCAAGCAAAUAAUCUACGGCCAGGUUUUGAAUUGAUGGGGUUACCUUUAAACAUAAAACUUGAGGUUAUAAAAAAGAAUAUUUAUAACUUUUGGUAUGAAUUGACGGAAGCCAUAUCUACACGUUAUAUUUCACGAUAUGGUUAUGAUGAAGUGCAAAAAUGGCGAUUUGAAACAAUGAACGAACCUGAUUUAAAACAAUACAAUUUUUUAAACUUUACUUUACAAGAAUAUCUAGAGUAUUUUAAAGCUUGUACGCAUGCGCUGCACAAUGUCAGCGUAAUUUACACUUCAGUAACCACGAAAAGUGAUGAAAAACUUCGGGUGGUAAACGCGCAUGAUGAAAAUGAACUAAUUCCAUCCUUGCUCGAGCAAGCACGAGAAGCAACAGUCACCACCAGUAAUGCGCACGUCGAAAGCAGGCCACGAAGAAAGAAAGUGUCGAGUUUGAGGGUGGGCGGCCCAGCAGGAUUGUUCAAGCGACGCGAGCGCCACCCGUUAUGCUGGGGUGCGCUGGACAUGUGCAACCGCACUGCGUGUCACUUGCAUUAUGUAUCGUUUCAUAAAAAGGGCGGGGGGAGUGCCGAUCAAGUCCUGAGCGAAGAUCUGGACAUGUUGGACGUGCUUCAAAAGUAUGACUUUACGAAAGGAUUGCCGAUUGCGAAUGAUGAAGCGGACAUUUUAACCAACUGGUCGCUGAAUGAAGAGUGGCGGGCGGAUGUUUGGUAUGCGGCGCUGAUGUCGAAAGUUAUUGUAGAUCAUUAUAAAGAAAUCAUUUUGAAACGGAAUAUUUCAAUUGAGGUUUUGAGUAAUGACAAUGCAUUUAUGAAUUAUAGUCCGUAUUAUUUCACACAACGUACUCUACUUGCAAGGUUUCAGAUGAAUAAUACAACUCCAGCGCAUGUGCAAUUCAUCAAAAAACCUGUUUAUAUAGCAAUGGGUUUGUUAUCAAUGCUUGGAGAUGAAUUUUUACCUACUGACAAUUACAAAAUCAUUGAUAAUGAUAAUUUAAUUAGUUAUAAAUUAUCUGAUUCAAAUAUUAGUGUGUUAUACACGAAAAGAACAUCAAAAUAUUCCAAUGUUUUGACUGUUUUAAUUGUUGCAGUGAACGAUAAAGCAAUAAACAAUUUAAAAUUAAAGAAUAAAAAUAUCAAAGCAAAAAAUAUAACUCUUAAAGUAGAUGUAAACAAUUUACUUCUAAAAUGCAAUAAAUUUGCUAAAAAUAAAAAUGUGCAUGAUCCAUCUAGUUAUAUGAUAACUUAUGCACUGGAUAAUGAUCAAACAAAUCCUUAUCAAAUAUGGAAGGACCACAAAAGUCCUGAUUUUCCUGACAAAACACUGAGAAAUCUUUUAAGGAAACACGAGGGUCCUGUUAGAGAAAAAGUGGAAUACAAAACUUUAAAAUGGAAUAAAAAUUUACAGAAGUUACAUUCAUUAAAACUGAAUCUUUCUGUGAAGAUUCCAUCCAUUCAUUUAAUCAAUAUUUGUGUUGAUUCGACAUUGAACGCGCUUCCCGGCGAAGUCGUAGAUUUGAGAGGAUAUUACGUGACGAAUAAUGAAGUAUUGUUAACUUGGAGCGAUAAGAAAGUACGAUCAAGAUGUGUCAAAACUUACGAAGUUGAAUAUCAAGCAUCUGAAAAUAAUACUUUUGAACGCAUUAAUACGGAAGACUUGAUUUUACUGAGUUAUCAACAUGAUGAGAGCAAUUAUUCUUCAGACUUUGGAAAGAAAAUCGAAAAGAUGAAAAAUUCAAUGGUGUUCUACAGAGUUCGAGCUGUUGAUUAUUGGGACCGUCCCGGAACAUAUUCUAAUAUAAUAAACAGCUCGAAUAUUAUACAUUUAUAGAUUUAUAGAUGAAAAUGGAACAAUGCCCUCUAUGAAUCAUAAACAAAUAAUAAGUU